UCAAGAAAAUUGAGUGAGAAGGAUUUUGAUAGGGAGGAGUAUAACAAUCAAUGAGAAUACGUAUACAAUUACAAAGACCAUGAAAUGAGCAGCCGACAAAAUAAGAAUGAGGCACAUUCUAUUUGGUGUUCCUCCUCCAACCAACACUUCCCACUUCCUUCUGGUCCCCCUCCAUUCUCCCCUUUCCCCUUAACUUUACUCCUAUAUAUAUGUAUGUACAUGCACAUCUGUAUGUAACUGUCCUCCACGCCCCACCCCUCUAAAGUAAAACACUUGUAUUGUUUCAAGAAAACAUAAUUGAGGUUGUAAUUUCCAAAUUGGGAAGUUGAAUAUUAGGAUUCUUGAAGUUUUCUUCACUUGGUAUUAGGGGUAGUUUCCAAAUUAGGAAUUUGUGUACUAGGAUUCUUGGACGUUUUCUUAACUUGGGGUUAGGGGUACUUUCCAAAUUGGGAAGUUGGGUGCUAGGAUUCUCAAAGUUCUUGACUUGGGGUAGUUUUCAAAUUGGAAAGUUGGAUUCUAGGAUUCGUGGAGUUCUUGAAUUGGGGUAGUUCCCAAAUUGGGAAGUUGGGUACUAGGAUUCUUGAAUUUUUCUUGACUUGAUGUCCAAAUUGGAAAGUUGGGUACUUUGAUUCUUGAAGUUCGGGUACUAAGAUUCUUGAAGCUCUUGACUUGGGUAGUUUCCAAAUUGGAAAGUUGGUUACUAGGAUUCUUGAAGUUCUCUUGACUUGAGUUGGUACUAGGAUUCUUGAAUUUCUCUUGACUUGGGGUAGUUUACAAAUUGGGAAGUUGGGUACUAGGAUUCUUGAAGUUCUUGAAUUGGGGUGGUUCCCAAGUUAGAAAGUUGGGUACGAGGAUUCUUGAAGUUUUAUUGACUUGGGGUUAGCUCCAUGUGGGAUUCUUGAACCUUGGAUUUGAUGAAUUUCCUUCCAAGAUGUUUGAGUUACAGUGAAUGUAGUGGUGGUGCUGGAAGAAGUGAAAUUAGGGGUGGUGAAAGUUCCAAUGGUGGAUUUGGGAAAGAUGGAUUGUUGUGGUUUCAUGACAUUGGUAACUGUGGGAGUGGGGAAUUCUCCAUGGCAAUUGUGCAAGCUAAUCAAGUUUUAGAGGAUCAGAGUCAGAUUGAGUCUGGUCCAUUUGGAACUUUUGUUGGUGUUUAUGAUGGUCAUGGUGGCCCUGAGACUGCUCGUUAUGUUUGUGAUCACUUAUUUCAACAUUUCCAAGCAAUAUCAGCGGAAGGAAAUGGUGUCGUCACAGAGGAGACAAUUCAAAGGGCCUUUCUUGAGACAGAGAGAGGGUUUACUUCUGUUGUUUCAGAAAAUUGGAUUUCUCGACCACAGCUAGCGACAGUGGGGUCAUGCUGCCUGGUUGGAGCUAUAUAUCAACAAACACUUUUUGUAGCAAAUCUUGGUGACUCUCGAGUAGUCCUUGGAAAGAAGGUUGGAAACACAGGGGAAAUUGCUGCCAUACAGCUAUCAACGGAGCAUAAUGCGAACAUUGAGUCUAUUAGGUGGGAGCUAAAAGAUUUACAUCCAAAUGAUCCUCAAAUUGUUGUUCUUAGACAUGGUGUUUGGAGGGUAAAAGGAAUAAUUCAGGUCUCAAGAUCCAUUGGUGAUGUUUAUCUUAAACACAAAAAGUUUUGUAGGGAACCAAUAAAUGGAAAAUUCAGAGUCUCUGAACCCGUUAAUAUGCCUAUCCUGUUGGCUACUCCAUCAAUUUUAAAACAUCCUCUACAUCCAAAUGACUCCUUCCUCAUAUUUGCUUCUGAUGGUCUAUGGGAGCACUUGAGUAAUGAAAAGGCUGUUGAAAUUGUGAAGAGCCACCCUCGUAAAGGAAGUGCAAAGAGGCUUGUCAAGGCUGCUCUCCAUGAAGCUGCCAAAAAAAGAGAGAUGCGAUAUUCGGAUCUUCGAAACAUUGACAAAAAGAGAAUAUGGUUUCAAUUUUAAAUGGCAAUGGAGGCUAUGCAUACACCGUUGGUUCCAAGAACUUGGAGAAUGUUGGGGUCAUUUUCUCGUCUUGCAAGGAAGUUUCCUUCCAAAAGCAUAAUUUGGAGGUUGGCAGGCGGUCGAGGAUCCAGGAAGUGGCUUGAGUUUAACUAGCUUGAGGAGCAAAUGCCACCCGCACCUGACUCUCUUGAAACAGUAGGUUUACUUCUCUUAAUAUACACCAAUUCUAAUAGAUUUUCAACACACUACAUACACUAUACUCAUUGACAAACAUCCUUUUUUCCAAAUUGCAGCAUUUUAUGUUCUCUUAAUUUCUGAUCUUCUUAUCCCAAUGUUGAUG